UGCCAGCCCUUGCUCCGGAGUCACAGUGAGAAUCCGAGUGGAAUUUGUAUCGACUUGAUAAAGAUCGUCCUGCGGUGCCUGGGAUUGUUACACUCAAACUGCGAAGUUUGCAACAUAUUGUUUCAUUGUUGCACUCGCGAGCUCGUUUUAAUCUUGGACUUAAUUACUGCAAUAUGACUCUGGAAGAUACUAUUGGAACUGACAAUACCGGCAAAAAGAUGCAGACAAUUGACCAAGCUUUAGAAGAGUUGUUGGUGGCAGCGCAACGCCAGGGUUGUUUAACCGUUGGUGUCUACGAGUCGGCGAAACUAAUGAAUGUUGACCCAGACAGUGUAGUUAUGUGUCUCCUGGCGGCUGACGAUGAGGACGAGGGGGACAUCGCCCUGCAGAUACAUUUCACCUUGAUCCAGGCAUUUUGUUGCGAAAACGACAUCAACAUUGUCCGGCUGCGAGGUGUCAAGCGCUUGGAAGAAAUUCUGGAGACCGGGGAAGAGAGCGCCGAGCCCUUGGACGUGCAUUGUAUGCUUGUCACGAAUUCUCAUACCGACGUUUGGAAAUGCGAGGCGCUGGAGGAAGUCGGAAGCUACUGCCAGGAAAGCAGAAACAAGAACCAAUGGGUUCCUAUUGUUUCUCUGCAAGAACGCUGAAAGAUCCGGGUGGAGAUUUUUUUUUAAAGAAAAGAUGCAAAAAAAAUGCAAUCUUUCAGAAAUAUGUGCCGUUUUUGUUUGAAGUAAAAGAUGCGGAUGGAUGAGGAAAAAUCUGGUUUGCAGCGGCACUAUUUAGAAAUGCAAGAAAUCGGCGUCGCAGGCGGAGCUUGGCUGUUUUGGAAGCGGCAAGUGGAUUGCAACCGCUCCCGGAGCCGAGAGAGGAGCAGAAGAGGAGUUGGAAAGGAGGAAGUAAAUAUGGAUACAGAAGAGAGGUUUCCGAGCAGGACAGUUUAUAUGUGUAUAAUUUUCUUUAAAAAAAAAAAGGCUGGACUGAAACACGGAGCAGAGGAACGUAUGGUGUACCAGGAAGGACUAUGACGUGAUGUUUAUUGUACGACUAUGCCUCGCACUUGGAAGUUUCACAUCAUGGAGAACACAUUUUAAAAACCAGGCGAGGCUGUACAAAGGAUUUUGGGGGCCCGUUUUAUUUUACUACUAAGCGGAAAACCUUCCCCAAACUACUGAAGUGUUGCAUCGAUGAGAAUUGCAGCAAAUAUGGACAAGUUGAAACUUACAUUUAGUUUCAGACCAGAGACUAAUGCAGAGACUCUUGUAAUUGUUUAAUGGGCAUCGUGCAAUUUGAAGGAAGAUAAUUAUAACAUGUUAUUAUAUUUCACUUACAAGAGAUAUGUAAUUAUAACACUGAUCUUUUUAAAAUUGUUUGAAAUAUGUACUAAAGUGAACUUACAAAUUUAUAUUUACAAUAAAUAUUUAAAUUUAAAAGUA